AUGGGAUGUUUGCUAUGUCGGAAAUCGCAACGCGUGAAUCCAUCCGGAUUUGGUAAGACCGCGAAAAAUGCUCACCCGGAGGACGACCACAGUGUAAGCGGUAUCCCUGUGACCGACUGCAAUAUUCCUAUUUGGAAACGUGUAAAAUUAUCUCCAGCUUCUGAUAACAAUUCAUGGUCGAAGCUAGUUGUUAAUUUAUUUAUUGAACUAAAAUUCAUUAACACCAGUGGUAACGUACAAUGUUUCACAAAUGUCAUCUAUAAAAAAUGUGUAGCAACCUUUGAGUACAAAGGAAAGGUUAAAAAACCUGCUGUAAAAAAAUCAAGGAGACAAAAAAAGAUAGGGAUCCUAAAAAGGAAAAAAGAUCGAUUAAGGAACCAACGGAAGAUUGCGGCCGUAGAUGAACGAGUUGGCGUGGACAUACUCUGGAACAAAAAAAAAGAAAAAAAAAACAGGCACGCAUAUUUGUAUUUGAAAGAGAUUUCUUCAGACCUCAGAAUUCAAACAAAAGAGAUCGCUCUCAGAUCUCUUUUGUUUGAAAAAAGAGAUCGCUCUCAGAUCUCUUUUGUUUGA